AUGAGGACAGGGGCCGCUGUUCGUAUUCCUGAAAUUUAUGCCGCGUUCGGUGUAUCAGAUCGACUAUAUCUGAUUAUGGAAUUCAUUCAAACCGACCACAUUGCAUCCGAUAUACAGAGAGCAAGAGCUAUCUCUGAUAUUGCUUCUAUCGAGGUCCCCCUUGAUAUAUCGCCGGGUCCCGUCGGCGGGGGUUGUAUCCAUAUGACAAACUUUUGGGAUGAUGGGAUAUCAGAUGUUCACUACCCUUCUAUCCAGGAUCUAGCGGGUCAUCUUAAUCGUGUUCUAGAGGUCUUUGCAAGGCACCGAAAGCUAGACCGUAUUGAUUUCAGCCACGAGAGAAUGGUAUGCUGUUACACGGAUCUUAAAAAAGCACAUUUUCUCGUUGAUGCAGACGACCAGCUCUGGGUUUCCGCGUUUCGUCAAGUCAAUUUUCUUCCUGAGACUUUGAUGUACUUUGCUCUAAGCAAGCAAUUAGUAUCGAGAGACUCACUCCCCCCUGAGUACUAUGGUAUGAUUCCAGCCACACCUACUCAAAACCUGGAAGCACUUUCCGCGGCAAGACAGUGGUUUCUGGGCGGUAGCAGUAUUUAUUGUUGCUUCGACGCUGCACUUCCCCAUUGCCACGACUACUCAGACAUCCAGCCCUUGCUCCCGAGGUCAGGCAGACACAUCUCGUGA